GCGGCAGUUGCGAGAGAACCGUGGUGAUGCUGGGAGGGGGCUGUGGGCGAGCUGGCAUUUAGCGGCGCUCCUCGCUUUUCCCGUCGCGUUAUGAGGGGCCGUGGAGGGAUGGAGAGAGCGACGGAUGGAUGGAGGAGCCACUGGUAGCUGAAAACGCGCCACGGGCUCUCCAGGCCUCCGUUUCCCCUUCCUUGCCGCAGCCUGUCAGCCUCCCGCCCUUGGUUCCUCCGCAGCUGUGGGGGCAACCGAGGCCGCCGGCAGGUGCCCAGGGCGACUCAUCCAGCGGAUGCCUAUCCUAGAUCAAGAAUGAAACAUGAAUCCUUUGGCAAAAGUGCAGUCAUGCUUGGAGAGUGACCCUUCUGCUCCUGCCAUUUUAGACUUCUUGAGUUAGUGGAUGGUUUGUUUCAACUGACUUCUGAUUAAAUGUAUGAAGAAAACUUAAGUGUUUCACAGCCUUCCUGAUACCGCUUGAAUCUUUAAAGAUAGUAACAACGUGUGUGCUGAAAGAAGACAACCUUUUUUUGAACAACAUAAGAAUUUUACAUUGUGGCUGAUGGUUUUCUCUGGAAGGAUCUAAAGAAUCCAAAGUGCUUAGAAUGACUCUCAGAAAAUCACACCAUCAUUUCAGUCUGAGGACCUUGUUAGCCUUAAUUACUCCAUGUAUUCAAUAUUAGUAAUGUGAUGACCUUUUCAGUUUUUUCUAGGUAUAAUGUAAGCUUCACCUAUUUGCAAAAGGAAAUGGAGGGAUUACGGACCUUACUAUACAGCCUGCAUGUGACAGCUGCCACAAUCUGUAGUGGGUUACAGUAGCUAUGUGACCUUACAUUGCUAUUUCUACAGCCUUAAGAGGCAUCCUGAGAAGGGAUUCUCUGCCAGUUCCUGAGCUUUCUGUAACAUAGGCUAUUUGCCAGGUGUUGACAUGAUGUGUGAGGUAAUGCCUACCAUCAAUGAGAGUGACCCCUUGGGGUCACAGCCAGGCUCUGAUUCUGAUGCCAACUUUGAACAACUCAUGGUGAACAUGCUUGAUGAAAGAGACAAGCUUCUAGAGACUCUUCGGGAAACACGUGAGACUCUGUCUGUGACUCAGGGAAGGCUACAGGAGACUUUGCAUGAGCGAGACCAGUUACAGAGACAACUGAAUUCUGCUCUACCUCAGGAAUUUGCAACACUGACCAGGGAACUCAAUGGUUGUCGAGAGCAACUGCUAGAAAGGGAAGAGGAGAUCUCUGAACUGAAAGCAGAGCGCAAUAACACAAGGCUUUUGUUGGAGCAUCUGGAGUGCCUCGUCUCAAGACACGAACGCUCUCUGAGAAUGACUGUGGUGAAGCGGCAAGCUCAGUCUCCGUCUGGUGUCUCUAGUGAAGUUGAAGUUCUGAAAGCACUGAAAUCUUUGUUUGAACACCAUAAAGCACUGGAUGAGAAGGUGAGAGAGCGUCUACGGGCUGCAUUGGAACGAGUAGCUACUCUAGAAGAACAGCUAUCCAGUGCCCACCAGCAGAUAAAUGUUCUUCAGCAAGGCCCCUCCCAGAGGGAAGCACCUGUUGGCGAAGAUGAAAAAAAGGCUGAGGGCAAAGAACCAGGUCAGAAGAUACUUUGGAAGAGACUCCCUAAUGGUUCUAUACACUCAGAUGAUGAGGCAAGUCGAGUUGUGGAGCUGCAGGAACUUCUAGAGAAACAGAACUUUGAGCUAACUCAAGCUAAGGAACGGAUGGCUGGCCUGGCUGCCAGUGUUGCUGAGCUGGAAGAAGAUCUAAAUACUGCCAGAAGGGACCUAAUCAAAUCAGAAGAAAUGAGCAGCAAGUACCAAAGGGAUCUACGAGAGGCUUUGGCACAGAAAGAAGAUAUGGAGGAAAGGAUCACUACUCUGGAGAAGCGCUACCUUGCAGCCCAGAGAGAAGCCACUUCCAUCCAUGACCUCAACGACAAAUUGGAGAAUGAGCUGGCCAAUAAAGAGUCUCUCCAUCGUCAGUGUGAGGAGAAGGCACGGCACCUCCAGGAGCUUCUAGAACUGGCAGAGCAAAAACUGCAACAGACAAUGCGGAAGGCUGAGACGCUGCCUGAGGUUGAGGCUGAGCUGGCUCAAAGAAUAGCAGCACUCACAAAGGCAGAAGAAAGGCAUGGCAGCAUUGAAGAGCGACUGCGGCAGCUGGAGACUCAGUUGGAGGAGAAGAACCAAGAAUUGGCAAGAGCUCGUCAGCGGGAGAAAAUGAAUGAGGAACAUAACAAGCGGCUAUCUGAUACUGUAGAUAGACUGCUAAGUGAAUCCAAUGAACGACUUCAGCUUCACUUGAAAGAGCGAAUGGCAGCCCUAGAAGAGAAGAACACGUUAUUGCAAGAACUGGAAAAUACCCAAAAGCAGAUUGAGCAGCAGCAUCAUGAUAAGAGGAGGCUAUCAGAGGAAAUUGACAAACUGAGAUUAGAAAUUGAGCAGCUGAAAACUAGAAGUGGAUCUUUUCUUGACAGUGUUCAUACAAGAUCUCUUGUUGGAAGCACUCCAGACCUCAGGUAUCCCCUGAGUACCAUGGUCCAUGCAUCCCCUGAACCCUUUGGAACUUCCUCCAGCCUUCACCGGACACCAAAAAGCCGAUUUGCAUCUCUGCGGGAAGAACCCCCAAAGGAUUGGGAACUUCCCCAGCCAAGUGGGGUCUUGGCCACUGCAGCUCACACCUUUGACAGUGACCCAGAGAUCUCUGAUGUUGAUGAGGACGACCAGGAGACUGUCUUUAGCUCUAUGGACAUGCUAUCUCCCAGUGGUCACUCUGAUGCUCAGACUCUUGCUAUGAUGCUGCAGGAACAGUUGGACGCUAUCAAUGAAGAGAUCAGAAUGAUCCAGGAAGAGAAGGAAUCAACUGAGUUGCGGGCUGAGCAGUUGGAGAGCCGUGUCACCAGCGGUAGUAUGGAAGCCCUGAAUCUAACACAGCUACGCAAAAGAGCAUCGAUCCCCACCUCCCUGACUGCCUUGUCAUUAGCCAGCUCAUCUCCUCCUGUCAGUGGGCGUUCUACUCCCAAGCUCAGCUCUCGCAGUGCAGCUCAGGACCUUGAUCGAAUAUGCAGCAUGACCCUUCCCAGUGACUUGAGGAAACACCGGAGAAAGCUCCUUUCACCAGCUGGUCGAGAUGAGAGUCGAGAAGAUAAAACAACCAUAAAAUGUGAGACAUCUCCUCCUUCCUCACCCAGGACCCUGCGGCUGGAGAAGUUUGGACAUCCUGCUCUGAGUCAGGACGAAGGCAAGAGUUUUUUGGAGGACCAGGCGAGUAAUCCGAGCAGCAGUAACAGCAGCCAGGACUCUCUUCACAAAGGCUCCAAGAGGAAAGGCAUCAAAUCUUCAAUCGGGCGCUUGUUUGGAAAGAAAGAGAAAGGUCGUUUGAUCCAGUUGAGCAGAGAAGGUGCUACUGGGCAAGUUAUACUGACAGAUUCAGAGAUCAACAUACAGGACUCUCUUGGUCUUGGUAAGCUCGGAGCACAAGCAGAGAAGGAUCGCCGGCUCAAAAAAAAACAUGAACUUUUGGAGGAAGCAAGAAGAAAGGGCAUUCCCUUUGCUCAGUGGGACGGCCCAACUGUAGUUUCCUGGUUAGAGCUUUGGGUGGGCAUGCCUGCCUGGUAUGUUGCAGCUUGCAGAGCAAAUGUGAAGAGUGGUGCUAUUAUGUCUGCCUUGUCAGAUACAGAGAUACAGAGGGAAAUUGGCAUCAGUAACGCCCUUCAUCGAUUAAAACUGCGCUUGGCAAUUCAAGAAAUGGUGUCACUAACAAGCCCUUCAGCUCCUCCCACCUCAAGGACAUCAUCUGGAAAUGUCUGGGUUACACAUGAAGAGAUGGAAACUAUGGCAACUUCAACAAAAACGGACACUGAGGAAGGCAGUUGGGCACAGACACUGGCUUAUGGGGAUAUGAACCAUGAGUGGAUAGGGAAUGAGUGGCUUCCUAGUUUAGGUCUCCCACAGUAUCGCAGCUACUUCAUGGAAUGUCUUGUAGAUGCACGAAUGUUGGACCAUUUGACUAAGAAAGACCUUAGAGUGCACCUGAAAAUGGUGGACAGCUUUCAUCGAACAAGUCUACAGUAUGGUAUUAUGUGCCUGAAGAGACUGAACUAUGAUAGAAAGGAGCUGGAGAGAAGACGAGAAGAAAGCCAGCAUGAAAUCAAAGAUGUAUUGGUCUGGACCAAUGAUCGAGUAAUUAAUUGGAUUCAAUCUAUUGGGCUUAGAGAAUAUGCCAAUAAUAUCAUCGAGAGUGGAGUUCAUGGAGCACUCAUAGCUCUAGAUGAAAAUUUUGAUUACAACAGUCUUGCUCUGGUGUUACAAAUACCCACACAGAACACUCAGGCACGACAGGUUUUGGAGAGAGAAUUCAACAAUCUGCUUGCUUUGGGCACUGAUAGGAGGCUUGAUGAUGGCGAUGAUAAAACAUUUCGGCGAACACCCUCCUGGAGAAAGCGUUUCCGCCCUCGGGAGUUUCAUAGCAUCAACAUGCUCAGUGGCUCAGCAGAAACACUCCCAGCAGGGUUUCGAGUUACAUCCUUGGUGCCUUUGCCGCCCCCAUCGGCACCACCAAAGAAAAUGCCACCGGAAGUUGGUGCAUCUGGGCCCCAAAGACUGGAGACAUCCACAGUUCGCACAUACUCCUGCUGAGAUUCAUUUUUCCUUGGGACUUGGCCCUGGCCCCAGCACACUCACACUACUUGUAUGGUUAUACACUGGCGGCUUUCCGGGAGUAGGUCAGAGACCAGACUAUGCCUGCUCCUUGGCUCCAAAGAACAGAAGUUACAGGCCAACCAGCUCAGGCCACACAGCGAAAAGGACAAUCUUCCUUCUGCUUGUACACAAUCCCCCUGGUUUCCUGUUUCGUGUCCUUUAACCCCAGUUAUAUCUGUAGCUUCUCAUGUAUCCUUCUUCCUUCCCUUGGCCUUAGACACAAAGAGAAAAUACAGGCCUUUAUAUCGCAAAGUCUGUACUGUGUGUGAUGUGGUAAUCUUGAUGUAGGUCUGGUAAGACAUGGAGGCACUUUAAUGCUGGUCUAUAGCAACCCCUUGCGCCAUCAUCUGCCUGUGCUUCAUUUUUGCCAAUAUGCCUAAGAACAGCAGUAGCUGCCUGUUCCCACUGGAAGGCUCAGACUCAAUAAGAUGAUUGACAAGGAGACAAGGCAAUGAAAAUAUGGGAACACCCAGCUUGGCACUCUCCUUUGGGCACACCAUGCUUCUGCUGGAGCUUCCCAUCGUGCCACAGGUAACAAGGAGCUUCUGCCUAUGGACAGUGUUGGUCCUCAAAUGAGAAGGGGCCAGGGCUGGAAAAAGAGUUGAGUGGUAGUGCUUAAUGGAAGAAGAGAAAGACUGGCUGUCAAGGAAGUUUAUAUGUCUUCAAGGCCCUGUGUCCAUGUACCAGAGAAAAUCUGAUGCUGGGAGUACAAGUGAUUUCCUGAACACAUCUUUGUUGCAUUCACGAUAGAUGCCCUAUCUCUCCUUUAGACAAACAGAAAUCCUCCUUUCUUCUCUUUGCAUUUACAGAUAGCCUGUAAUACAAAAGAUUCCUAGCUGUCACUGUUUCUGUCCUCUAGGGUAGAAUCUGUUCUCUCCUCAUGCUGCCUUUUGCCUUGUGUGGCCCCCUAUUACUGAUGUGAUAUUUCUUGAUGGCUGGAAUGCCCUAUACCCAUACUGUGCUGUUUGGAAGUGCAAUAUCCAAGAGACUGUACAGUUGCAAUGUCUUUUUGGUGUACGACUUGCCUAAUACAGUAUUAAAUAUUUUUUUAAUUUAAAGAGUAAGUGACCCCUUUAUAAUCAAUAACCUCUUUCUUUUGUCAUAUUGGUACUGCAUGGAUUCCAAGCCCUGCAAACAGGUCAGGAAUGGAUGUAUGUUUGUUCCAAUAAAUCAGAUUUUAAAGC